AUACAAACUAAAUUUGUUUUACUCUUCCGCAGUUGUAACGGUGGCUAUCCGUCUGGAGCUUGGGAAUUUUGGACUGAAGCUGGUCUAGUAUCAGGAGGACUUUAUGAUUCAAAUGUAGGCUGCCGUCCAUACUCAAUCCCUCCAUGUGAACACCAUGUCAACGGCUCUCGGCCAAAAUGCAACGGAGAGAUUGAAACUCCCAAAUGCUCUAAACAAUGUGAGGCUGGUUACACCCCAAAGUACACAAGUGACAAACACUACGGCCUUACUUCAUAUGGUGUCGGUUCAGAUGUCAAAGAGAUUAUGACAGAAAUCUACAAGAAUGGGCCAGUGGAAGCUGCCCUCAUAGUCUACGCUGACUUCCUGCACUACAAAUCAGGAGUUUACCAACAUGUGGCUGGGGAGUCAAUGGGUGGUCACGCUAUCAAGAUCUUGGGUUGGGGCAUGGAGAAUGGAACGCCCUAUUGGUUGGUUGCUAACUCCUGGAACACAGACUGGGGCGAUAAUGGUUUCUUCAAAAUCUUGCGUGGCAGCAAUGAAUGUGGAAUCGAAUCAGAGAUUGUGGCUGGAAUUCCUCGGGACGUUAGAAAGAACAAGUACCUAUGAGGUGGAGUGAGGUUCCAAGCCCUGCACACAAUACAUCAGUGAUAUACUGGGAGGUGGCACAGGACUCCAUUGGAGAGCUUGGCACCUAUACCUGACAAAUGAAGGAGCACAUUACUCCAAGUCUCAAGAGGCCUACGCACAAAAUCAUGUUUCAAUCAUGUGCAAUGUUCCUGAUUUAACAAGCUUUCUUUAAGCCUCAGUAACCAGCUGUUAGCUGUGAGAGUCUCUCACCCUUUGUCUUCUCUGCUCAGAUUAUGAUGUUUUUGGAAGCAUGUAAAACCGUUAUUACACUAACACACUAUUUUCCACUAGCUCCAAAUAAAAUUUAUCGAAAGAA